UGCUCAUUCUCGGUCACCACCACCAGUCGCCAUGAUUUCUCUGAAACUGGUGCACCGACAGCUCCGGCCUAGCUUCUCGACGACACCCCGUUGCUGGCAAUGGAGGCAGUCGGCGAACGCGACCGCGCAUCCCAUCCAGGUCCUCCGUCGCAGCUUCUCGGAGAUCACUCGCCCACCGCCAGAAGCUCCCAAACCUAAGCCGAAAGCGUCCACAGCCCUUCGCCGUGCCGCGUCAGCGUCGCUUCCCAUUCGUUCGAACCCGACUCCUACGCGUGGUGACAUCCAGCCCAUCUUCACGUAUGCCACUGCGGAGCGGUACCUCAUGCCUAACCUGCGCGCUGCGUUGCCGAAGGACUCGACGCUCCUGCACGAUUCAUGGUGGGUGCCGCGCUGGAAGGAUGAGAAGAGCGGGAAGGAGGGCGAGGUUUUCGUGUUUGGAAACGGGAGCUUUGUCUCCUGGGGCCUGAGCGAGGACGAGGCGGUACGGUUCGCAGACGCAGUCAUUGCGCGGUCGUCGGCCGAGGUAGCCCGGCUGAAGGAGCCCGAGACAGAGGACCUAGAGUUCGUUACGGACCCGGAAGAGGACACUCGACUACAGGGAGACAUCAUCAUCUUGGGUCGCACUCUACCAUUGAGCAACGAAGAAUCCCUACCCGUCGACCUGCCUCCCUCAAUCCUUCCACGCGAGACGGUGCUGGCGCGGUAUGCGUUCUCUCAGGCGUUGUCUCGGUCGACCGCUCUGUCUGGUUUGGAGACGUCGUUGGAGCACUACCUUUCCUCCAUAGCAUUGCUUCCUCACGCCUUGCAAAAGACUGGGAAGCCCGGCUUGGGACGGAGGGCUCUCGUCAUGAAGCUGGGAGAACUCUUGAGGUUCCGACAGGGUCUCAACCUCAAUCGGGAGAACUUUUCAGAUACUCCAGACUUCUACUGGUCGGAACCGGUGCUUGAAGGGUACUUCAACACUUUGAGCAAUGCGCUCGACAUGAAGACGCGUAUUCGCUCUGUGAAUGAUAAGAUCACCUACGCUGCCGAGAUGCAAUCCGUGCUGAGAGAAUUGCUAACGGAGACAUCCGCACAUCGCAUGGAACUGAUCAUCAUUGCUCUUAUUGCAGUCGAGGUCGUCAUUUGCCUCAUCCGUGACGGGCCCGAGAUGUGGCACAUGAUCUUUGGCAAAGACGAGAAGGCUGAAGACUCCACGACAGAACCUGCAUACUAAUACGCUCUUUUUACCUUAGUACUUGGUAAUUGGAAUACUUGCACACGUGCGCCCCACUUCCCCGCUCUUCUCUAGCAUAGAAAUGUAGCAUAGGCACACUCUACUCAGCCGCACACACUUAAGAAUAGUCAUAAUGCAUUCUUUGCCCUGCU